AUGGACGACAAGAUCUCAAUCACCAUCUGUGGCGACGGCGGUUGUGGUAAAUCAUCAAUCACAUUACGCAUCGUCCGCUCCGCCUGGACCCACGACUACGAUCCCACAAUCGAAGACUCGUACUCGGUGACACGCACCAUCGAUGGCAAGACUUACUCGCUCUUCCUCACCGAUACUGCAGGUCAGGAAGAAUAUCGCGGCAUGUGGUCUGCCGCAAACCUAACCUCUGACGCCUUCCUCCUCGUCUACGACAUUACCAAUGCCCAAUCCCUACAAAACCUCGACUUCUUUGCCGAAUUGAUCGAUAUGGAGAUGGAAAACAGACAAGAGCUGGGAAAGUGCUGGCCUGCCCUCAUGGUCGCUGGAAACAAGUGCGAUCUUCAGGGUCAGAGACAAGUCGGUGCUGCCGAAGGUCUGGAGUGGGCAAAGAGCAGAGGCUGUGGUUUCAUGGAGACUUCGGCGCGUGAGGUCGUUAACAUCGAGGAGACUUUUGCUUCAAUUGUCAAGCGCGUAGUCGAGGCCAGAGAACAGUACGCUGCAGGUCAGCGACCAAAAUUCCCCUCCCUCGUCAACCCAACACCCGCCUCGCAACGCGUCUCGGCAGCAACAGAAACACAUCAAUCCGCCCCUGCACCCAACAUCACCAGCGAAUCCGAAAAGUUGCGUUUCUCAGAGUCCGAAUCUGCAGCUACGUCGCCGCAAAAGAAGAAGAAGAAGGGCGGUUUCUUCUCUAGUCUGAAGUGCUGGUAG